AUGUAUGGGGAUGACUUCUUUGAGACAGGCCCGCAUGAGUGGGUCCUGCGGUGCACGAGUGCCCAAGCAGAGUUGACGAUCCAGCUGCCCGAUGAUUACCCGUCGUGCUCGCCGCCGAAGCUUUCUCUCGAGGCGCCUUGUGAGCGAGCUAAGGCGGAAGAUGUUUGCCGCACGCUUUUGCUAGACUUCAGUCCUGGUGAAGAGUAUGGUGCCACGCUGGCGCAGCAAUUCUUUGAUUCUUUCGACGGAGAGCGGCAGGAGAAGGAAGAGGAGAAGGCGGAGGUGGCUGAGCCAGAUGAUCCCGAGCCCAUUGCCGCGGUGGUGGAGUUUGAGCCUGGGGUCGCGGCUGACAUUGCUACUUCUCUCGAAGACGCUGGGUUCCACAAACACAGCGCGCAGAUCUACGUGCAUGGCGAGUUGGGACUGGCUGUCGAGAUGGACGACCAGCUUCAUGUCAGCGUCGAUGGGGUGGAUGCCUUGAAAGACCUGACAGACUGGGUCUCAAGACAGCUAGCGCUGGACACAUCUGAGCUGCAAGGCUUCGGUAAGCGCUUACUGGACUGGGCAACUUCUCACCGUGCAGCUGGCGAAUCUGAAGCUGGUUCCGCUGACGGUCUGGUGGAUCCGCUGCCAGAAGCAGGGGGAACAAAGCUGACAGGAAAUGCGGCAUGGCGGGCUAGGCUGCAAGCAGGAGAAACUGUGGAGUUCCGAGGGUCGGGAAAUAGUUUGCACCCUCGCAUCAAGAGCGGCGAAUGUUGUAGAUAUGUUCCAGUCUUUCGCCAUGAGGACAUCAAGGAAAAGGAUAUUGUCUUCUGCCAGAUCAAGGGUCGAUAUUGGGGUCACCUGGUAAAGAAGAAGACAUUUGUGGGCGGAAAAGAUGAGUAUGAGUACACCAUAAGCAACAUCCAUGGUUGGGAGAAUGGCACGUGCACCUUGGAGCAUAUCUACGGCAAAGUGGUCGACCACUGGAAGUGA